AUGGGGUUUGCAGGGACUUCCAGAGACAGACCAAUCAAACCUCUUGCUCUGAGCAAGAUUGCUCAGGACAAUGUCAGAGCAGGUUUUGGGUGUCUUCAGGGAGACUCCCUGGGCAAACUAUUCCAGUCUUUGGCCAAACUAUUGCAUUUUUAUUUUUUUCCUCCCCAGAGAACAAGUUCAUUUGGAACUAGUAAUGCAGAUUUCCCACCUGGGGACCCUGGAAUAUAUCAGUUGGACGUUACUCUAAGAAGAGGACAGAAUCUAGCUGCACGAGACCGUGGAGGAACAAGUGAUCCAUAUGUCAAGUUCAAACUUGGAGGAAAAGAAGUAUUUAGAAGUAAAACAGUACACAAGAACCUCAAUCCUGUCUGGGAAGAAAAAGCUAACAUUCUUAUAGAUAACCUAAGAGAACCGUUGUAUAUAAAGGUAUUUGAUUAUGACUUUGGACUUCAAGAUGACUUCAUUGGUUCGGCAUUUUUGGAUCUCACAUCAUUGGAAUUAAACAGGCAAACAGAUGUUACCUUGAGUCUGAAGGAUACUCACUACCCUGACCAUGAUCUGGGAAGUAUCUUCCUGUCUGUUCUGUUGGCUCCUGGAGACCAGCGAGAAGCGACAAUGCUAAUGAGGAAGAGUUGGAAAAGAUCAAGUAAGUUUCAGACCCAGAGCUUACGUCUCUCAGACCUGCACAGAAAAUCUCAGUUAUGGAGAGGGAUUGUUAGUGUUACCCUAAUAGAAGGUCGUGAACUUAAGGCAAUGGAUGCAAAUGGGCUCAGUGAUCCUUACGUGAAGUUUCGUUUGGGGCAUCAGAAGUACAAGAGCAAGAUUGUUCCAAAAACUUUGAAUCCUCAGUGGAGGGAGCAGUUUGACUUUCAUCUCUAUGAAGAACGAGGUGGAAUUAUUGAUAUUACCGUGUGGGACAAAGAUGUUGGCAAAAAGGAUGAUUUCAUUGGCAGGUGCCAGGUUGACCUCUCGACCCUGAGUAAAGAACAAACCCACAAGCUGGAGAUGCCUCUAGAGGAGGGAGAGGGAUACCUGGUGUUGCUGGUCACUCUCACAGCCUCAGCUGCAGUCACUAUCUCUGACCUCUCCAUCAACUCCCUGGAGGACCAGAAGGAGCGAGAGGAGAUACUGAAGAGAUAUAGUCCAAUGAUGAUGUUCCAUAACAUCAGCGAUGUGGGAUUUCUUCAGGUGAAGGUUAUCAGGGCAGAAGCAUUGAUGGCAGCUGAUGUUACAGGUAAAAGUGACCCGUUUUGUGUAGUUGAAUUGAACAAUGACAGACUGCUGACACAUACAGUCUACAAGAACCUCAAUCCAGAAUGGAACAAAAUCUUCACAUUCAAUAUAAAGGACAUCCACUCAGUGCUUGAAGUGACAGUUUACGACGAGGACCGCGAUCGAAGUGCUGACUUUCUAGGCAAAGUUGCUAUACCAUUGCUGUCUAUUCAAAAUGGUGAACAGAAAGCCUACGUCUUGAAAAACAAGCAGCUGACAGGGCCAACAAAGGGGGUCAUCUAUCUUGAAAUAGAUGUGAUUUUUAAUGCUGUGAAAGCCAGCAUACGAACCUUAAUGCCCAAAGAACAGAAGUACAUUGAAGAGGAAGACAGACUGUCUAAACAGCUACUGUUAAGGAACUUCAUCCGGAUGAAGCAUUGUGUCAUGGCGGUCGUUACUGCUGUCUGCUAUAUUAGCAGUUGUUUUGACUGGGAUUCUCCACCAAGAAGUCUAGCUGCUUUUUUGGUAUGGUCUUUGUAUUAUUUUUAA